GUCAAAAUUUAUCUGGUUCACUCAAAUUAGUGUCAUUUUAACCAUCCUGUAGAAGAGAAAUAUGAUGCCAAACAGAAGUAACCUCUCCUCCUUCCAGAAUGUUGGAUCAGAUUCCAGUAAGAUUAUGGCAGACUAUAGCCACUCACAAAAACAGAUGGAAUUACAAAAUGCUAGUUUGGGAAAGGGUUCUGUGGCGAAUUCCCUUGAAAAUGGUCUCCAGGAUAUUAUGGAAAACCUCAACACGAAGAAAUAUUCAUCAACUCUUAAAUUUAAAACAAAUGGGGACUACGCUGGCUCAUAUUUAACCCUUUCACAGCCUAUGCCAAUUAAACCUAAUCUUUCCACCAGUGUUAAAAAUACACACUCUAUUAACAAAAUUCAAGGAGGAAAGCAGUUCCCCUGUGAAAGCCCAUAUCUUCCAGAUAAAAGCAUCUCUGUAAAGCAUUUGGGUUCCAUAUCAGGCAUGUCUCCGUCCCUCAGUGGGUAUAGUUCAGGAAGGACAGAUUUUGACAUUCAUGCCAGCAGAGAAAACGAAAAAUCCCUUGGACCCAUGGAUAAGUUUCAUUACUCAAAGUACAGUCAGAGAAAUAAAUCUUAUGACAACAUCUACUUCCCAGGAAUGCUGGAGUCAAAGAAGAUCUCAGGCUCUCUUCUGACUAUGUGGAAUGGAAGCUCGGGGAACGAGCUGGUGCUGUCACCUGGUAGCAGUUCUGGGGCAGCCAGCAUGCCUUCCAGCCCAAAGCAGGGCAGGAGGAUGAAUGCUGAAAACAGUCUGGCCCUGCACAUAAAGCCAGUGAAGUACAAGGAUGGGAUGAUGGAAACUCUGGCUUCACGGCCUAGGAAAUACUCUGGUGGAUCUCUAAGUCAUAUGGGAAUGUACAGUCGUUCCCUGCCCAGACUGUAUAAAUCAACAGAAAACCAGCUGGUGCCAUUAAGUUUGCCCCCCAGAAGCUCUCUGGGUAACAGUAAAAGGAAAAAACUUGGAGAAAAAGAUCUACCUCAGAAUGCUUUCGAUGCUGAUAAUUACCUGAAUUUUUCUUCUUGCAGCUCAGGGGUUUCACCACAUGCCAACUCUGUCUCUGGGAGUAAUCCCUACGUCAGUUCAGCUCUCAGUGUUCCUCCAAGCCCUCGUGUUGCUAAAAAAAUGCUUUUAGCACCUUCUUCCCCAUAUCUCCCCGAUGAUUUUGAUAGACUUGGACUCUCAGGAACAAGUCCCAGUAGUUCUUUCUCCCCAGUGGAUUUUGACAGGUCGUUCUCCGUCCGAAGAAACCUUUCCACCAGUUCCAUGGAACUCGAUGACCCAGAUCUGGAAAGUUACAGACAGACGCCAAAUUCUCUGCAAACAUCCAUGAGAGAGCGGAAGAACAGCAUUAGCUCCAUUUCAGGAAGGGAGGAUCUCAUGGACUACCACAGGAGGCAGAGGGAAGAGCGACUUCGGGAGCAGGAGAUGGAACGGCUGGAACGACAGCGGCUCGAGACAAUCCUCAACCUGUGUGCGGAAUACUCCAAAUCUGACAGCGACCCCGCUGCAGCCACUACAGUUGCUGACGUUCAAAAAAUUAACAAAGAGCUGGAAAAGCUGCAGCUCUCCGAUGAGGAUUCCGUGUUUGAAGAGUCCCAGAUGAAUCUGGAGGCGAGGUUCAGGGGCCACUUGAAAUCGUCGGCGAGCGACUCGGAUUUCUCGGAGCUGAGCGGCCACAGCCGUGGCACUGCUGCUUACCUGCCCUCCCGGGGGCUGAGAGCUGAUGAGCCCUUCGGUGAAAGCACCAAGCCUCCUCCUUUUGCUGCUCCCAGCUUCCUGAAGGACGCCACCGAGUCAUCCUACCUGAGCAUCACACCAAAGAUAUCAGAGUGCACCAGUGAAGAGCAGAGGAGGCAGGAGCUCGGUCGACUGGAGGAGGAACGCUUAGUAAUCCUGAAUAACUUGGAAGAACUUGAGCAGAAGAUCAAAGAUUUGAAUGACCAGAUGGAUGAAUCCUCAAGAGAGUUGGAUAUGGAAUGUGCCCUUUUGGAUGGGGAACAGAAAUCUGAAACAACAGAGCUGCUGAAAGAGAAAGAAAUAUUGGAUCAUCUAAACAGAAAAAUAGCUGAACUGGAGAGAAAUGUUAUUGGUGAAAAGACAAAGGAAAAAUUAAAACUUGAUGCUGAGAGGGAAAAACUAGAGAGGCUUCAGGAGCUUUACUCGGAGCAGAAGACGCAGCUUGAUAAUUGCCCUGAGUCCAUGAGGGAACAGUUACAGCAGCAGCUGAAGAGGGAUGCUGAUAUUCUGGACAUAGAAAGCAAACACUUUGAAGAUUUAGAAUUUCAGCAGCUUGAACAUGAAAGCAGGUUAGAUGAAGAGAAGGAAAAUCUGACACAACAGCUCCUGCAUGAAGUAGCUGAAUAUCAGCGCAGCAUUGUCAGCAGAAAGGAAAAGAUUUCUGCUCUCAAAAAACAAGCCAAUCAUAUUGUCCAACAAGCACAAAGAGAACAAGAUCAUUUUGUAAAAGAGAAAAACAACUUAAUAAUGAUGCUGCAAAGGGAAAAAGAAAAUCUCUGUAAUCUGGAAAAGAAAUACUCUACACUUUCCGGAGGAAAGGGAUUUCCUGUCAGUCCCAAUAGUCUGAAAGAGGCAUUUCUAAAAAGAAGAAAUACUGUAGCAGUCUGUGGCUUCUCUUAUGGAAUUGCUGAAGUGUACACACUGGGCUAUAUCAGUGUAAGUGAAAUUAGUGAGCUGUAUGGCAAUUCCACGAGUAUAUCCCCUUCCACUCAGACUCCCUCAGAUGUUGAAGCAGUUGCCACUGAGCCUUCCACGGCUGUGCUGACGAGCCAGCCACAAAAUAAAGAGCUAAGAUCACCUCUCUGUUCUGGAUUUGUGUUUCCUCACUCUCUUUCUCCUCGCUCUAUUGCUCAACUUCCAUCAGUCCAUUGGCCUGAGGUCAUGGCUACUCAUGUAGAUCCUAUUCCUUUAUCUGAUACACCUCCACCUCUGCCAGCUAAGAAACACCGCAGGCAACAACAGCAUUUCAGAAACCUGGAGGAGCGCAAGAAGCAGCACAGGGAGUGCUCGUACCUGAGCGAUACCUUGCCCCGCAAGAAAACCACCCCGUCUGUGUCUCCCCACUUCAACAGCGCCACGCUGGGGCGCAGCAUCGCAAACAAGGGACAUUUACCAUUAGGACAGAGCAACAGCUGUGGCAGCGUACUUCCUCACUGCCUGGCAACCAUGACCAAAGAGUCGGAGUCGAGAAGGAUGCACAAAGGGUAUAACCAUCAGCGCAUCUGUGAAAACCAAAGGCAGAAGUCUCCAGAAUUCUACAGCAGAACAGCAUCAGAAUCCAACGUGUAUUUGAACAGUUUCCAUUACCCAGAUCGUAGUUACAAGGACCAUGCCUUUGACACAUUAAGCUUAGACAGUUCUGACAGUAUGGAGACAAGCAUAUCAGCAUGCUCACCAGAUAACAUUUCCAGUGCUAGCACUUCAAACGUUGCAAGAAUAGAGGAGAUGGAGAGACUUCUCAAACAAGCACAUGCUGAAAAGACUCGGCUGCUUGAGACCAGGGAACGGGAGAUGGAAGCUAAGAAACGAGCUCUGGAAGAAGAAAAACGCCGCAGAGAGCAACUGGAGAAAAGAUUGGAGGAAGAAACGAGCCAGAGGCAAAAAUUAAUUGAAAAAGAAGUCAAAAUACGUGAGAAACAAAGAGCACAGGCCCGUCCCUUGACUCGCUACUUGCCCGUUAGAAAGGAAGACUUUGACCUAAGGAGUCACAUUGAAACAGCUGGGCACAACAUAGAGACCUGCUACCACAUCUCUCUCACUGAGAAGACCUGCCGAGGCUUUCUGAUUAAAAUGGGAGGAAAAAUUAAAACGUGGAAAAAACGGUGGUUUGUUUUUGACAGAAACAAGAGAACUUUUACUUAUUAUGCAGACAAACACGAAACUAAAUUAAAAGGUGUAAUAUAUUUUCAAGCUAUUGAAGAAGUCUAUUAUGAUCAUCUAAAGAAUGCAUAUAAGAGUCCCAACCCCUUGCUGACCUUCAGUGUUAAGACCCACGACCGCAUCUACUACAUGGUUGCUCCUUCCCCAGAAGCCAUGAGGAUAUGGAUGGAUGUCAUUGUGACAGGGGCAGAAGGCUACACCCACUUCAUGUUGUAAUAAAAGGGGAGCAACAGGGCAUCCUGCAAUAACGUAACUAAUGAAGUUAGCCAUAGCUAGUGACAGCUGAAAAGCCAGUGAAUAAUAAAAACCCUGAAAUGUCCUCCUUAUGAUGUGCACCCAAAACCUCAGACUGAGAGGGGGUUACAAAUGCAUUGAAAAGGGGGGGGGGUUGUUAUCUGUUCUUGUUGAUCUUCAUAGGAAUGAACGAGCUAAAGCUGCUGAGAGAAUCAUAGUGCUCCAAAGUGGAUAAUCAGGCAAUUUUAAUUACAGCAUCUUGACUGAAUGAUAAGUUUCUACAAAUUCUCUUAUACAAAUUCUCUUUAUGAGAAUGUCUUCAUAAAUUUAUACUGAACAGUUUACAAGUGUGUGUGUUCUCAUUGGUAUGCAAAAAUUCUAGUAGUGAAACAAAAAGUUGUAAUAAGCAUAUAUUUUAAUAUGCAACAUUUGACAUUUAUAGAUGAUUAGGUGACUUUUUAAAAUUUUUAGUCAAAUAUUUUAUAAAAAUACAAACAAAAAAGCAGCCCUAAGGUACACACAGUUCUUGCCUUAGUAAUUAAGUGUUACAACAGAGCCAAAGAGUUACAUGAUUCCCUUACCUUUUCAUAUUGUUACUUGUACCUAACUUUCUGUAAGGGAACAGUGCCAAAACUCUUAAUGACUUUUUGUGUAAUUAAAUUGUUAUAUUCUGUGUGUUCAAACACUUCAUGGCAACAACUGUAUGUUUAAAGUUUGCAUCUGUGGAGCUCAACAAAAAAAAAGAAAAAAAGGAUAGCUUUGUAAAGAUGCAUUUUUUUCCACAAGGAUGAGAAAUGGAAACACAUGUAUUAACUUCCUCACAAAGAGAGAUUUUUUUAAUCUUCCCUGUUGAACAGAAUAAGCUGAUUCUGGACCCUACAGCAAUUUUCUUUUAUGUAGUAAGGUCCCAGUGUGGUUCUAAUCUUACUCUGUGCCAAGUGAACGCUCUGGAACGCUCAAGCACUGCCUGCCUUGAAGCCAGCACCAAAAUCUCUACCUAUCUGAAUUCUUUGGAGCCAAGCUUUCAGUCCCAGAGAGUUGUUUUGUUGUUCAGUGUAUAUCUGCACAGAAUAAUGCUGUCAAAUAGAAUAAAAAGAGAGAGGUGAGUUCUAAGAGUUUACACUAAGCAGUGUAUGAAUAAAAACCCCUGAAAGUUUGAAGCAGUAGGGAUUGAGAUUCCUAAAACAGCAAAGAUACUGAGGGUGCAGUGGUCUCUCAUUAAAAUCACCUCCAAGUCCUUGAAUAAUAUUGCAAAAAUAUAAAUUAUUUAGUUGAAAUGAACUUCAAGAAAGUGUCAUGACUUUAAAGAGGUUCUAUUUCAGUAACUGAAACUUACAUGCUCUGUGGUUUGUGUACUAGAAAGCACAUUAGCCUUUUUUUUUCCUUGAUGAAAAGUUAAUGGCUUUUGAUUGAACAAAUAAAGUGAAAACAGAAUAGAAGUAUGCUGGCAGAAUAUUUUUGUUAUACUUUUUAAACCCUGUAACUGUAAUGAACAGGUUCGUGAUAUACACAGGUCAUGUGGUUGUUCUUGCAUGACAAACAUCAGUUUCUACUUGAAUCAUAAAAGAAGAUACUGUUGUUGCAAGAUAAUUGUUAUCAUCUGUGCAGAUCACAACCUGUAAUCUAUAAUUUAAAACACUAUCAAGUAAAUUGCUUUUGUUUAUACAGUUAUUAUUUUUCCCUGAUGUAUCUUGAUUUUACUCCUAAGUUUAGUUAUAAAGGUUUUCUAAUAAUUUUUAUAUCCUGCAUGAUGCAAU